UUUGAUUUUUGUUUCUUCUCUUGGGUUUGGGUGGGUUCUUGUCGUUACAGGUAAGAACUGUGAAAGUCAGCAACGUCUCCUUAGGUGCAACUGACCAGGACAUAAAGGAAUUCUUUUCAUUUUCUGGUGAAAUUGAAUAUGUGGAAAUGCACAGUGAGAAUGAGCGGUCUCAGAUUGCUUAUGUUACCUUUAAGGAUCCUCAGGGCGCAGAGACUGCGGUUCUUCUAUCGGGAUCAACAAUAGUUGACCAGUCCAUUGCCAUAGCUCUUGCACCAGAUUACAAGUUGCCACCCACUGCUUCAGUAACACCUAUUUCCACAGAGAACAAAAGUGCCGGUGCUGCCGGGUCUGCUGUCCAAAAGGCAGAGGAUGUUGUCAGCAGCAUGUUGGCCAAGGGCUUCAUAUUGGGCAAAGAUGCGGUCAACCAAGCCAAGGCUUUUGAUAAGAAGCACCAGUUCACUUCCACUGCCACGGCCAAAGUUGCUUCCCUGGACCAGAAGAUCGGUCUUAGUGAGAAGAUCGGCGUGGGCACCACUAUAGUGAACGACAAAGUGAAGGAAAUGGACGAGAAGUUCCAAGUUUCUGAAAAGACCAAGUCUGCCUUUGCAGCUGCUGAGCAGAAAGUUAGUACUGCUGGAUCUGCGAUCAUGAAGAACCGCUAUAUUUUGACGGGGACUUCGUGGGUUACGGGUGCUUUCAAUAGGGCUGUAAAGGCCGCAGGAGAUGUGGGACAGAAGACUAAGGAAAAAGUGGCGGAGGAAGAACAGGGAAGAAAUCCAGCAGAGGAGGGUCAUUCUCAGCUUAAUAAUCCAGCAGAGCAGGGAAGAAAUCCAGCAGAUGUGGGUCAGAAGACUAAGGAAAAAGUGGCGGAGGAAGAACAGGGAAGAAAUCCAGCAGAGGAGGGUCAUGCUCAGCUUAAUAAUUCUUGAUCCUUCGAUUUGCUAAUCGUGUGUGUAUAUAUAUAUAUGCAAGGUAGUUUGAAUGGGGUUUUAUGCUUUGUUAGAAACCGGUAAAUGAUGCCUAGGUUGUCAUAUGUUGUUGGAAUGUUUGCAUUGAUUGAACUUCCUUGUUUGUUUGGAUGCCAAAUAAUAUCGAUCCUCACUAUGUGCUACUUUGCAUAUUGGGUAGGACUUUUAUGAA